AGCGAAGAACAAGUAGCUGGCAAAGUUCUCAGCUCCCUUUUGAUGACAGAGGCCACGAAUCGAACGAUAAUUGAAUAGCUAGUAACUGUAGCUAUAUAUUGUCUGAUCCUUUCAGCCAAGUGUGGACUUCUUCGCAGGGGAAUAUUUUUAGGCUCUCUAUAUGGAGGGAUACGCGUGGGCUAUAAUGCCAAGAAAGGGGACAAAUGUGGACUCCAAGUCUAUUGAUCAUGAGAUGCCCAAGGAAACUACAGUGAGAUCCAGGAAAAGAAAAGCAGACGUUGCCAUUUAUUUGCAAGACCCAGAUGAAGUGGCAGAGAUGAUAAAAAAGAAACAAUGUGGAUCUCAGGUGAGCUGGAAUACCGAGUCGGUUUUCACAAGCCCGUGCAGGCGGAUCCCCACGCCUGACAAUGAAGUCGAUCAACCAGUUGCCUUGAAUACCGCUGGGUUUUCUGCUCAAUACACUUUCAAAAACAUAUUUGUCACCCCCACCAGGUCUUCCCCUCUUCCUGUGCUAUGCUGGGCAAGCAGAGAUGAUGUAUGGAACAACCUGUUGAAGGAAGUCUCAAGAUAUUGUAGGACUGGGAGAAAUCCAUGGCAUUACACCAACAUGGGCGCAAAUGCUUUUUCUACAUGCGUGCAGGUGUUUUGGUGCUAAGGUGAAUGGGUGUUUUUGGAUGUCUCUGCCUUGAGUGACUGACAGUUUUUAAUUGGAGUGAUGCCAAGCUGGACCACCUGCCAAAAACCCAGAGCUGUCAUUGGCUCGGAGUGCUGCUAAAGAAGGUGGACUUGGCUUGAUGGAACAGUAGAUGAAUGUGUGUGUGUGUGUGGCUCACGCUUGCCAUUUUGAGAAAGAUAAUACUGCCAGGUUUGGGGACCAGUAGCUCUGCUGCCAAAAUGGACAAGUGGAAGAGCCUCCUGCUUCAGAAGCAGAAAUAUGGAUUGUAUUUUAACUCUGCAACUUUCUCUCUUGCAUUUGAGUUUUUACCUAAAUGUAUAUUUGUUUUGAAAUGAGAUGCUGCUACUUAUUUUUUAAAUAAAGUCACUGUCGCAGACAGCUUUUAUGUUUU